AUGGCCUCCUCCCAGCCGCCAAAGAGGGUUCGCACAGGCUGCUUGAAGUGUAGAGUUCGUCGUCGAAAGUGUGACGAAGGAAAGCCGAGAUGUCAGCGCUGCAUCGCCGGCGGUUUCGAGUGCCAAUACGGCACGCGUCUUUCCUUCCUCCAGAAAAACGCCAUCACAUCCGUCCCUAGCCAACCGAGCCCAACUGAAGGGCCUACCCCAACAUACAGAAAAGUUCAGUUUGUGAGGGAAGAGAAAGCUUCAUCCUCUACAAAGACAAAUCCACAGCUCAGCGUACGCGAUGCGUCUACCACCUCCUGCGACACUCCUUCGGGAUCGGAAGAUAGGUCCGUCGCGGGUCCCGACACGCCCUCCAGUCCUCCACCUCUCCAAUUCGUGAUCGAAGCUAGGCCGUUCACCACAUCUCCAUCAUCGGCGCAACCGCAACCGCAAUCUAGCCGCUUGGGCCCAGAGAAACCCGACGGCAUUAAAUCCCCUGCUUCUCCGGAAGGGCCUCAGCAACGACCACCACAGGGCCAGCGCUCUACGAAUGGAUACGAGAUCGCCUUGGACGCGCUCCUGUCCCUCGGUACCGAGCAAGGUUCUCCCGACGAAGAAAGCCUGGCCCUGAUGCCUUUUAGCCCUGGGCAACCUUUUAGUCCCACGCGAGACCUUCUGAGUCCUUCCGGAGAGAAGAGGACCUCCUUUAGUCCAUUCAGCUCCCUAGUCAUUCAACCUUCCGCCAAAAUCCUCAGAACCAACAGCCAAGACGUCUCCUUUAACCGCCCCGAGCUUCGCCGGCAGCAUAGCACGCCUCAGACAGACGCAUCCCCUAGCAUCAUUAUAACUGAGCAGUCGGCAAGCGAACUCGAUAAUCUGGCCGCUAUACCCAUCAUCCCCGAAACUCAGGUCCUUGAAAUUCUCCGCCAUUACCGCUAUGAGAUAUCUCCAUGGCUUGAUAUCUGCGACCUUGGCCAGGCCUUUGGCGUCACAGCCCCCUGCUUCGCAUCCUCGUCAAACGCGAUACUGUACUCGCUUUUGGCAUUUACCUCGAAUGUAUCCCAACGAACCCCGAUAACUAUGCCAUUGGACGGUAUCGCCGACCUCCUCGGCCAAUCCGUGAUGCCUUUCGAGAGCCAUCCCAUGACGACGCCUCUAUACUACCUCAUGCUCCGGUUCGAUUUAUCUCAAGCUCUGGCCAACGAGCAACCGCUAAACCUACCGCUAUGGAUGCCUUUGGACUUUGGAAGAAGAUCAGAGCUCGCCGUUAGUGUUUUUCACGCUACCGCGCAAGCCCUCUUCCUCUGCGGCCGGGUCAUCAACCUGAUAUAUGGAGGAGUGGAGUGCACCGGCAGCACGGACAGCCUCAUCGUCCAGUGGACCGGCCUUAUUGAGGAGUUGAGCUCGUGGUACGCUCAUAGACCGGAAGAAGUCAAGCCAAUGGUGGACCUGGACGGCAAGGGCGACGCGUUCCCUACUAUACUAUUUACCACAGGGGCGGCCUUGCUGUCGAAUCAGCUCUAUCACACCGGCAUGCUCCUCCUCCUACGGAACAGGCCCCGCACCUUCAAGGGCGUAGGGACAGGCCACAAACCAUCGUCGUCCAUGUCCUCGCUCUGGCACGCGCGGCGAAUCUGCGGCAUCUCCUCGCCAACGAGGCUCGCGGCACGUGGGAUCCGAGUCUCCUAG